AUGCUUCUUUCAUACAACUUCUCCAAACCUGCAGCAGGAGGGAUCGACUUUCAACCUGAGUCGGGAAAUGCUGGGUUGAAGCAAAUACUCAGAAGGGCAGCAAUGCAAGAUCGAUCUGUCAUAUUGACCACUGUUGAUGAAACAUGGGCAAGGCCUGGCUCUGUUCUCGAUCUCUUCCUGGAAAGCUUUCGUAUUGGCCAUGGAACCAAACACUUUUUGAAUCACUUGGUGAUUGUUGCUUUGGAUGGCAAGGCCUUUCAGUAUUGCAAAUCCAUUCAUUCCCAUUGCUUCUUCCUUGUCACCACCAAAAAGCCAUCGCUUACUCCUCUCAAGUUCAAGUUAUUUAAACAAGUGGUUGAACUGGGUUACAAUUUGUUUUUCACAGAUGCAGACGUGAUGUGGCUUAGAAAUCCGGUUUCGCACAUCCCUGACAAGAAGGAAUUGGUAAUUGUGUGUUAUUUCUACUCAAUUGAUCCACCAAGCAUUAGCAAGGUAGAAGAAGGGGGAUUCUUUUACUUGAAAGCUAAUGAAAUAUCACUGGAGUACUUUAAGUACUGGGAAUUGCAAAAGGUUUUGUAUCCAAAUUCUCAAAAUGAAUCUCUCUGUGAGGCUGCUGUAACUUAUCCUUCCUUGGAAACGUUUGGUGUUGGAACUGAAUACCUGGAGGAGUCUCAUUUCAAUGGAUUCUGUCAGCCAAGAAGGAACAUGAGUCAAAUAGUUACCAUACGGGCAAACUGCUGUGACAGCGUUCAAAGUAAGGUGCAUGACAUGAAGCUGCUGCUUGAAGAUUGGAGACACUUCACAGAACUCACCACAGAAGAAACUAGUGUGCAAGGAUCAUCGUUUGCAUGGAGAGCUCCAAGCAAAUGCAGGGCAUAA